AUGGAUUCAGACGAAAGCUACAUCGACCGAGAGCGUAUCGUCAACGAUGACUUUCUUGUACCGAAUGAAUAUUUCUGUCCAAUUUGUCAUUGUCUUCUAUGGAAACCAGUCAGCUGUUCUUCUUGUCAAAAUCUAUUUUGCUGUAAGUGCAUUCAGAAGUGCCUUGAAAUAAAUCCAACUACGUGCCCGUUUCGCUGCACUCCAUUCGAAAUCAAUCGAGCUCCUCCACAUAUUCAAUCCAUUGUCGGCCGUUUACGUAUUCGCUGUCGUAAUACUUCAUUUGGUUGUACACAAAUUCUGUCGUAUGAUUCCUUGGAACAGCACGAACACGUCGCUUGCAUAUUUCGAACUAAACGAUGCACUACAUGUGAAGAACUCGUGCUCGUAAAUCAGAUCGAUGAACAUCAAUUAUUGUGCCAACCUACAGUUCUGAAAUGUAAUUGGUGUGAAUGUGCUGUAGAGCGGACAUUGUUCGAAAGUCACUCUCAAGCAUGUCUCGAGCAGAUGCUUAGCCGACUGUUACCACAACUUCGGGAUACAGAAAAUGGAGUCAAUAAUACGACUGCCACUGGGGAGAUAACGACUGGUAGAAAUUUGCUUCUUGCAUGGUACCAACGAUCUAUGGAAGAAAUAGCAAAUCCACCAACAAUUAGUCUUCCUGGACUCCAACGUGUUUUCGAAUCUCGCCAAGUUGCGCUCAUUCAUCAAGAAUUACUACAACUUGUUCGUGAUAUUUGUCUAAUAUUAAUUACUAUUUAUGUAUAUGCCCCGUGA